AUGACUAUGAAUACAGAUGAUGAUAAUCAAGCCCGCGAGUGCCAGGCCCGGUGGCGCGUCUUGAGGGACAAGUUCGUGCGCGAAAUGAGGAAGAACAUGAACCCGAAGAAGGCAGGAUCGAGCGCCCUGCAGGUGUACCAGGGCAGCUGGCCGCUCAUGUCGCAGCUCAUGUUCCUCACGUCGCACGUCAAGCACCGGCCAUACAGACCGGGCAAGCGCGACACGUUCUCGGACGCGGGCGGCACCGAGGACGAGGAGGAGGGCGAGGCCAGCGACGAGGACGAGGGCGACAUGAAGCACCCUCCGGCCGCCUUCACCUACAACCUGACGCCGCCGCCGUGCCCCACGACGCCGCCCUCCUCCAAGCGCAUGAAGCUCGGCUCCUGCGACACCGACGCCCCCCGCCUCGCCGCCGUCAGCAGCCACGGCGCCCUGGACGGGGACCUCCUGCGGGUGCUGGCCACGCUGCAGGGCGCGCGCCACGACGACGAGCAGAACUCCGAGCGCCUCUUCUGCCUCAGCCUCGUGCCCGUCCUCAAGCGCCUCGAGCCCGAGAAGAGGAGCAUCGCCAAGCUGCAGAUCCAGAAGGUGCUGCACAACCUCGAGUUCCCGCAGAUCAAGUUCGAGAUCUGA